ACUCACCAGUUGCUAGCAGCUCUCCUUAUCCUUCAGGAUCAAUACAGAGCUGACCCUGGGAGAACAAAGACACUACAAAUUCAUGCUUCCCGCAAUCCACAGUUCUUCGUUUUCUUCUCAGGUUCUCUUCCCGUUACCUUCAAAACACGGGUGUUCUAAUCCAAUGAAGUCGGUUAUAAGAACUGAAACAUGUAAUGUUGGUGGGAAGAGGUCAACAAGACCAAGAACCAUGGUUUUUGGAAGCAAUGGGGAUAAACAAGAAGUGGGGUUUCAAGGUGGGGAAAGGCUUUAUCUUGGAAUGGAUUUUGGUACAUCUGGUGCUAGGUUUGUUGUUAUUGACAAGGAAGGGACAAUUCAUGCUGAAGGGAAGAGAGAAUAUCCAUCAUUUACGAAAGAAGAAACAAUGGACUGGGCUGGCUCAUGGAGAAUGACUCUGUUCUUGCUUCUCGAAGACAUUCCUGUUAACCUUCGCCCUCUCAUUUCUUCCAUUUCUAUUGAUGGGACUUCUGCAACUACCCUCAUAAUUGACAGUACCACUGGAGAACCAUUAAGCAAACCUCUUCUUUACAAUGAGAGUUGUCCUGAUGCCUUACCAAUAGUAAAGUCCAUUGCUCCUGUUAACCAUACAGUCUGCUCUGGUUCUUCUACCCUCUGCAAGCUUGUUUCAUGGUGGAACAAUGAUGAUUCAAAUAGAGAAUCAGCAUUGUUAAUGCAUCAGGUGGAUUGGUUGUUAUGGCUUCUCCAUGGGGAGCUUGGGGUUUCUGAUUACAAUAAUGCCUUGAAGGUUGGUUACGAUCCUGAGCUUGACUCUUAUCCACCUUGGCUGCUCUCUCAGCCAUAUUCUAGACUUUUACCUUCAGUUAGAGCUCCUGGAACUUCAAUUGGCCAUUUAAAAAAGGACAUUAGAAGACAAUUUGAACUGCAAAUGAAAUUUUAUAAAUAUGCUGUUGUAGGUCUUCCAGAUGAUUGUGUUGUAUGCACUGGAACUACUGAUAGCAUAGCGGCAUUUCUUGCAGCCCGUGCAACAAAACCUGGGAAAGCUGUCACUUCUUUGGGUUCUACACUUGCUAUUAAACUACUGAGCACCAGUAGGAUUGAGGAUGCAAGAUAUGGAGUAUACAGUCAUCGCCUUGAUGAUAAGUGGCUGGUUGGAGGUGCUUCAAAUACUGGUGGAGCUGUUCUCAGACAACUUUUCACUGACCAGCAACUAGAAAAAUUGAGCAAACAUAUUAAUCCUGCUGAAGCUUCAUCUCUAGACUACUAUCCUCUCCAAUCAGUUGGAGAGCGAUUUCCAGUGGCUGAUCCAAAUAUGCAACCAAGAUUGCAUCCACGUCCAGAAAGUGAUGUGGAGUACUUGCAUGGUAUUUUGGAAUCAAUUGCACGAAUAGAGGCAAAGGCUUAUAGCUUAUUGAAGGAUCUUGGGGCAACCCAAGUUGAUGAAGUGUUUACUGCUGGCGGCGGUGCCAAGAACGAGAAAUGGAUAAAGAUCCGUGAGAGAGUACUUGGUUUGCCGGUGAGCCGAGCAAUUCAAACAGAAGCUGCCUAUGGAGCUGCUCUAUUAGCACUAAAGGGUGUACAAGGGAACUAGUGAUUUACAUUAUUAUGUAUAAUAACUUGUUCAUGUAAAUCAUUUUAUGUAAUAAUAUGUGUAUAUGAUU